UAAAAUUCUCAAACAGAAAUACAGUAAUGCAGAGGCGAUGAUGUAAAGCAAAAAAGACUUCCCCAAACCAAACAAACAAACAAGAAGGAAGAGACAAAGCCAACAAACCCAAAGUCCUAGGUCUUAGGUCUCUUCACCACCUUUCCAAAUAACAUAACAUAACAUAUGUUUCAUUCAUUCUCGCCUGCUUUUCUUGUAUAAAGUAAAAAUCCUCUCUUUCCGACCCACCACAUCGGUGGAAUGGCUUCUCCUUUAAAAAAAUUCCAUCUUGUAUGGAAAACCGGUGCAAUCUAUGAAAUUUAAGAAACCUAUUGUGUGAACCCAGUUUCAUUGCUUUUUCUUCACUAAUCGGCCACCCACCAUCUACUUUCUACUGGUUGGAUUUCAUUUAGGAUCGAAACUAAGAUGGCUGUAGAGGAAGGCAAGGACUCCGGCGUUUCACUCAGAAUCAACCCCUCUAGGCUUUUCCCUUUGAGGCUUCUUCAGUUUUUCUUGGUGUUUUUGGCCUUGGGACUUGGGGUUUCAGUUUUUAGUAUGUUUACAAUUCGAUACUUAAAAGUUCAGAAUUUUGUUCCAGUAACACAGACCAUAUUAGAACAGUUCCCGGUCAAGCAUUGCUUUGAAGAGCCACUUAGUUUAGAAAGUUGGAUCCGACCUCCGUCAAAACUGAUGCAUACUAUGAAUGACUCAGAGCUACUAUGGAGGGCUUCGUUUGCUCCUCGAAUCAAGACUUAUCCGAUCAAAAGAGUUCCCAAGAUUGCUUUCAUGUUCUUGACAAAGGGACCAUUGCCAAUGGCCCCUCUAUGGGAGCGAUUCUUCAAGGGGCAUGAAGGGCAAUACUCCAUUUACGUCCAUUCUCUGCCGUCUUACGAGCCCGAUUUUCCACCUUCGUCAGUGUUUUAUCAGAGACAAAUCCCAAGCCAGGUAGCAGAGUGGGGAAGAAUGAGCAUGUGCACGGCUGAGAGGAGACUUCUCGCCAAUGCAUUGCUUGAUAUCUCAAAUGAAUGGUUUAUCCUCCUCUCCGAGGCAUGCAUUCCUCUAAACAACUUCAGCAUUGUCUAUCGCUAUAUAUCGAGAUCCCGUUACAGCUUCAUGGGUUCAUUUGAUGAACCUGGACCUUAUGGAAGAGGGCGUUAUAACGAAAACAUGGCACCUGAGGUAAACUUAACCGAUUGGCGUAAAGGGUCUCAGUGGUUUGAGAUUAAUCGUGUGCUCGCUGUAAGAAUUGUUGAAGAUACAACCUACUUUCCCAAGUUCAAAGAGUUCUGCACACCGGCUUGUUAUGUGGAUGAGCACUACUUCCAAACAAUGCUGAGCAUCGAAACUCCACGUCUCUUGGCUAACAGGAGCCUUACUUAUGUGGACUGGUCCAGGGGUGGUGCUCACCCAGCUACUUUUGGGAAAGGUGAUAUCAACAAGGAUUUCUUCAAGAAGAUAAGUGAAAGUAAAACAUGUCUUUACAAUAACCAGCCUACUACACUAUGUUUCCUCUUUGCCAGAAAGUUUGCCCCGAGUGCUUUGGAUCCUCUAUUAGAAUUAGCUUCUGAUGUUCUAGGGAUUUGAUAAAUUCAUCAACUUCGUCUAUUUUUUUGUUCUUCUCAAGUGCAGAUCAGAGGUUAUCAGAAUUUUGAUACGAACUAACCCAGAUUAUGUUAAUGUCAAAGCAUAUUACAUAUACAAAAUUGGAACCCAGAGUUAGCAUCUUAGUGAAACUUCCUGGUAUAAAGUAUAAUGUAGAUUCUUAUUGGGGUUCCAAUUAAUUGAAUGUAAUAAUAUAGCACCAUAUAUCUAAUAAAUAAUUGAUCUUUCUCUAUAA